ACAGUACAUGAAGGCACCAUCGGACAAAUAUGGCGAAGGCAUAACCCGCCCUCCUCUUACUCUGACUGGCUUACCCCGACAUUCUUGCCCUAACCUUUACCAAUAACACACCUCAUGCACUGACCUAACCAACAAAUGACGAGAGGUUGCUAUCCAAUCAGAGUCAGAGUAGGGCGGGUCCUGACUUCGCCAUAGUAGCAACGUCCGGGCUUCAAGAUCGGAGGGGAUAAGGAAGGAGAUGGCCGACUAGGAGGCAACCAUACCAUUGCUACUGAAUUGGCGAGAUUCCUUUUACUCAACACAUCUUCACAGUUGAAGUAGCAGGAGGACGUUUCAAACAUUUUGAUCCUCUUCCACAAUGGCAGAACAAAAUGGCAACGUUAGAUAUCAAGAGCUGGUGAAUGAGGAGGAACCGUCCCUGCCAUCACAGGAGGGUCCUGCCCAGGAUGCACCUCCACCCUACAGCAGCAUUGCUGCAGCAAAUGCAGCUUUCUUUGAAUACAAGGAAGAUGGAGGAAGAUUUCCAAAUCCUCCAUCCUACAGUGUUGCCACCACUUUGCCCUCCUAUGAUGAAGCUGAGAGAAGCAAAGAAGAGGCAGUCAUCCCCCUGGUCGCUGGAAGAGUCACGGAGGACGACUUUGUGGCCAGGGAUGACUUUGAAGACGCUGACCAGCUGCGAAUAGGAAAUGACGGCAUCUUCAUGCUCACUUUCUUCAUGGCAUUCCUCUUCAACUGGAUUGGCUUCUUCUUGUCGUUCUGUUUGACCACAUCAGCCGCCGGCCGAUAUGGGGCCAUCUCUGGCUUCGGUCUGUCCCUCAUCAAAUGGGUUCUCAUUGUCAGGUUUUCCACCUACUUCCCCGGUUACUUUGAUGGACAGUACUGGUUGUGGUGGGUGUUCCUGGCCGUGGGCUUCAUGCUGUUCAUCAGAGGCUUUGUUAACUACUCUCGAGUGCGUAAACUGGCUGAUCCCACCUAUGCCACUCUUCCCCGAACGAGGGUGCUCUUUAUCUAUUAAGAGGAUAUCAGAUGUGGCAGAACUGGACGUGACCAACAAAAGCAGUAACUCUGAAGACUUUCAAAUUUGAUGUGAAGGCAUUUAACCAGAAGUCAGCCAGACCAGUUCUAGAUGAAGACAACUCUCAAUAAGAUAUUCAGGAAAUAUAUCACUUGUUUUAUUUUGUUUUGAAACUUUAUUAAUGUAAAACGGUUAACAGUAAUAUUCCCUUGAUGUACUCAUUAGUGGCGAAUGUUAAGUGCUAUUUACAUUUGUCUAUAUUGUAUAAGUAAUGCCUUAUAUCAUUUGAUGGUAGCGUAUGAGCAUGCAUCUGCCCUUAAGGUCAAUAAAUAGGGAACGUCUUAUGUUGGUGACACUUGAAGCCAACAGGAGUCAAUACAACAGGUAUGUUUGCCACAGCAUGCAACACUCUUUGUAAUCUGCACUAAUCCUAAUUUUAUCGUGACUACUAUAGGCUGUAUUUAGAUACCACAUACACUUAAAAAGCAAGCUUCCAUUGGGCUGUAAAUGCUCUUCUACCACAUCUUUCACUCACCUGUUGGCUUUAAUUAGUGUUGCCCUUUUCUUUUUUUCCAAAAGGGGGCAGUGUUUGCUGCUUUUAACUCGUGAUAAUCGGUUUAGUAAGGGCAUGGUCAUAUUAAAACAAACAUGCUUGUGAAUCAAACAGUGUCGGUAGAGCACAUUAAAAUUACAUCCGUGUAUCAGAACUUGUGAUUUGCCUGUUAGAUAUUUUGUUGUACAUUAAAUCAGGUAAACUACUAUCCCGUGAAAUGUAAUUUAGGUUACAAAUAUGAUUUUAGAGGAUCCAGUGUGAGCUUUUCAUAAUGAACCAGCCAGAAACCAGAUGACCGUAAAUGGUAAAGUGACAAACGCUGCAGCCUCAAGUGUCGACAGGGAAGGGGUGCAGAGUUUUUGGACAGUGGCAUCAACCAAGAGGAUUUCUUUCUAGGCGUAUCGGCACAUUUUCUGGUUCAUGUCCUCAAAAAGCUCAGUUAGAUGUAACCGCCUGAUCUUUCCAUGCCUCUUCCGUGAGUCAGUGGUGUUGGCAUUCAUUCAUUGUCAGUGUUUCUGCUGUUAAUGAUCUCACGCAGACAUUUGGAUCAAAUUAUCUAAGAGUAUAAAAUUACCAGGCAGGUUUAUGCCUUGAGAUUUAAUUGACAGACAGGAAAGGGAUCUCUGUUUUCUUUCUUUUCUUUUUGUUGAAAAUGAUUACGGUGUAAGUUGUUAGCUAUGUUGUGGGUAUUUAAAACUAUAUCAAAGAAUGUUGCAUGCAGGUGCACAUCUAGAAACGUAGCCAAUAAAACCCAGAGGACGUUCACAGACAUAAAACAAGGAGCAACUGACCCAGUGGUUUCUGUUUGUAUUGUGCGGGAAACGUUAUGUAAGGAUAAUACAGUUUUUCAUGAUUUAACAACUAUCAAUGGAAGGAGUUCAUGUAGAAUUUAGUCUGUUGCCUAAUAAGUUAACUUCAUUCUCCUGCCAUGGCUUUGAUAAACACCCAUUAUGCUUAUUUCUAUGUGAUUUAGAGCUACAACCUUGAGGUUUUGUGGUUAUGAAGCUGUACAGAAAACAUUUAGUGUUAAAUAAAUGUCACUUUUAAUGUUUGAAUUGUUCUGGAUUGUAUUACAUACAAGAUUAUAUUAUUUACAGGUCAGUAUUGUGGCACUUAUUUAUUUGGUGUGGAAAGGGCAUGGAAAUUAAAGUGGCUCAAGAUCGCAACACA